GUGAGUCCGCUUCCAGUCGGUGAGCCCAGCAUAUCGACAGAGUCUGCAUCGCCGUCGCCACCGUUAAAGUUUACUGUCUCUCGCCUCUUCCUCUUUGAUCGGAUGCUUCUGGUCACGGAGGAGGUAAAGGGCAAGCGCCGAGGCGGCACCGCCUAUGCCGAGGCCUUUGCACAGUCCACAUACCAGUUCAAGGUUGCCAUCAACGUCAAUAAGAUGCGUUUUGAGGUGAGCCUGCCAAUUACUUUUUCUCUUAGCUACUUGAGGCGUAACUUUGCACUUUAG